AUGGAACACCUGGCAACGAAGGCGGCAUCACUGUAUAAUCGAUUCGGCUGUCGACGGGUGAAAGUUCUGUGCUACAGACGCCAAACGUGUCUUGUUUUUUUCCACAGCCAUGGAUCGUGGCAGAGAAUCGUUUUCUUCCCCCUUUUUGCGACCUGGUGCACACAGCAUGGCCGCUUCCACGCCAGGACAUUGCCAAGCUCGAAGACGCUGAAAGGAAUCCUUGCCGGUGGCAUAACUGGAGGCUUGGAGAUCUGCAUCACUUUCCCUACAGAGUAUGUCAAAACACAGCUUCAGCUAGACGAACGAUCAGGUGCUCAGAAACGUUACAAGGGACCUAUUGACUGUGUCAAAGUCACAGUACAUGAACAUGGUGUCAGAGGCUUAUAUCGUGGGCUCAGUGUUCUGCUGUAUGGCUCAAUACCCAAAUCGGCUGUCAGGUUUGGAGCCUUUGAAGAGCUGAAGAAGCGAUCUGUUGGACCUGAUGGUGUACUAGAUCCACACAAACGUCUCCUAUGUGGUCUGGGUGCUGGAGUUUGUGAGGCCAUUUUAGCUGUGACACCAAUGGAGACAAUCAAAGUCAAGUUUAUCAAUGACCAGACAUCAGCACGUCCACAUUACCGUGGCUUCUUUCAUGGCGUCUCACAAAUAGUUAAAGAGCAUGGGAUUCGUGGUGUUUACCAGGGUCUGACACCUACCAUUAUUAAGCAGGGAAGUAACCAAGCCAUUCGCUUUUUUGUCAUGGAGACCAUGAAGGACUGGUACAGAGGUGAUGACAAAAAUAUGAGAGUCCCGACAUUGAUCACAGGGUUAUUUGGUGCUGUGGCUGGGGCAGCAUCUGUGUUUGGUAAUACACCAGUUGAUGUCAUCAAAACAAGAUUACAGGGUUUGGAUGCUCACAAGUACAAGAACACUUUAGACUGUGCCAUAAAAAUUUUUCGCCAUGAAGGACUGCGAGCGUUUUACAAAGGAACUAUUCCAAGGUUGAGUCGAGUGACAUUGGAUGUUGCAAUUACAUUCAUGAUCUACGACAACUUUAUGCACGUCUUCAACAAGAUCUGGAAAACGAGAGAGACGUUAUAAAAUGGGACUUCUACUUCAUUGAGAGAUGUUGGUAAAACUUCCUCGUUGACUUUAUUCAUUAGCCUUCAGUUGUUCUCACCAGUUUGACUAACAAUGACUCUUUCUUUGCAGUGUGUGUGUGUGUGCUCCACUAGAAGCACACACUGCAUCAUACUCUAUGAUGAAACAUAUCUGUUGCUUUGCAGCAUGCACAUACAACAUUUGGGUUAAAAAAUGUGUGAGAUGUGUGUGGCAGCAGACAUGUUCAUGAGUGUGAAGUAAGAGUAGCAGUCACUUGCUGCAUGCAACCAGCCUAUUGCAUGUCCUCAAGCAUGUCAGAAACAAGUUCCUAAUUGUGUUUUGUUGAGUCAGUUCCUUUCCUUUUGAGUUUUGACAAAAAUAUAACAAGUGCUGUGAUACUGUAGGAUAACAAUAUGAAUGCAUGCAAACUGAGAAUUAUUAUUUUUGUAGACUUUAGGGCCUGUUACCUUAGGUAAUAUGAUGUGUUAAGUAUGAGUUGUGUAGAAAAACAUGUUUUGCAUUAAUAUUCACACAUAGUCUAAUUAAAUGUUUUAAAAAGGGUGCUUAGCGAAGAGCAUGAGCUUGGGUAUUUUUCAAGGAAGAGCAUUUAGAGCUAGUAGAAAUGGUGUGACAUGUAGAUGAGUUUGUCUCACAGCACUUUUGAGUUGGUGUGAUCUUGGCAGAAAUAACUAACAUGGUGUUUUCAGUAAAUAUCUGUUAUAUUAAAAAACAAGAUUAUUUGCAAAUACUAGGUUGUAGUUCAUUGGAUGUUAGUGUUGCUCCUAGGGUAUGGUUGUGGUGUUAAAGAGGGAAGGGUUCAGUGAGAAGCAAAAUCUGUUUUUUUUAUUGGUUCAAUAGUUUUUGUGUCUUUAUGUCAGUUUUAAACAACUAUAACUCAUUUUCAUUCAUGGUUGUUUGCACUUUUCUUUGAAUCUCGCAAUAUAAAUGAUUAUUCAAAUUGUUCGUAGACAGCACAGGCUGUUGGUUGUACUCUUGAUGCCAGUACAUGGAGCAACAAAAGUAGAAUUAUUUUAAAUAUUUCUGUUAUCCCCGUUUGUACUCUUAAUGCGAAAGCUGUACACAUAGUUCCUUAUAAAUUUGCAGCUUUUAAAGUCCUCCAAAAGGUUAUCUUCUCUUUUUUGUUAUGUUUAGUCAUUUUCAGAUAGUCGUAGUCCAGAUAGUGAAAUUAUUUGUAGGUUAAUAUGCAUGCGCUUCAUUUAAAAUAAUGGUUUAGAAAGAAAAAAAGUGAAAACCUGAAUUUAAUGCCAUGCAGAUGACCAGCAGCUUGUGUCCCAGAAUGCAUUCCAGUUGUCAUGAACAUGAACCCUUGAUCAGACAACAAGCAGCUGAGAGCUCAUACCUCAAAAAAAAAAUGCUCAUUGAAACUUGACAAAAGUUGGGAAUACUGGGUCUGGAUUUAUGUGCUGAGAAACAAGAGAUAUUUUUUAUUUUUGUUAUUACUGGAUGUUACUGUAACUGGACCAAGAGGGAGCUAUCAUUUUCUUAUCAUUGUGCUCUUAUCCAGAGCAUACCCAAAUAACACAAAACACAGUAUUAUCAGGCCAUAAACUAUGCCUUGGCAUAUUUACAAAUAUUUGAUCAUGUUUCAUUUGUGCAGAAUUGAAAAUAUAAAUAUCAAGAAAAAAUGCAGAACGAAUUUUAAAAUGUGCUGUGCUUUGUCAAUUUAAAGUGCAAAUGUGUUUACCACAAGUGUUUUGUUUUUUUAUUUCUAUUCGUCUAAGUAAAGGUUACAAGACAUAAUUUAUAGUUUUUGUAGAAGCAUUAUUCCAUGGAAGGGUCAUGGCUGUGUUUUAUGUAUGCUUAUACCAUAUGCAUUGCUUUUUUUAUUCAGUUCCUUUUUGUCCAUCAUGAAAAUGAUUUUUUUUAACUUGCUUAAACUCUUUUUGCAUAUAUGACCUAGACUGUGACUGCACCUUAGACACAUAGUACAUACAUGUGGGUUUGUUCUUUAACACAAAUAUUAUGGGAUAUGAAACAGGGAAAAACAGUUAAGCUACUGACGCAUUUCCAAACACAGCUAUCUCCAUUUAAAAGUGACUUUGACAGGAAGUUUCCUAUCACAACUUUCUUCAUAAGUAUAACAAUGGCUAGCAGUUCAAAGCUGACGCGCCAAACUGCAGAGGCCGAUGAUACUUAUUUGAUGCAAUAAUUAGUUUUCAUCACUGAGUAGUGUUCAUUCAAUAUGACUCGAUGUGUGACCAUUUAAGUCUACUGACUGCAGAAAUAGACUCGGUUUGUGUGACCCUGCAUGUCAGAAAUAUUAAAAUUCCAUGGAACAUACCUCAUUCCUUUUGGAUUUACAAAAAUGUGCAUUUUCAGGAAGGAUUGGUAAGAUUGAUGUAUUUUUGCACAUUUCAAAAUUUAAGUGUGUUUUGUCCAUCCGUCUCUCAUAGCUCUCUUUUUUUUUAGAAUUUUUGAAAAUUGGUAAUUUAGUGCAUUCCAGGGUUAUUGUCUUUGUAUUUUGAACUAGUUAAAAAAAUAUCCUUAUUGGAUUCUGAAAACAUUAACUAGGUAUUGAUAAUAUAAUGGCUUUAGCUUUCUUAUGUUGUAUGUAUUGAUUCAUUUAUUGACCAUUUCUGAUCCAUAAGCUAAUUGUACAGUGCUGCUAUGGACUGAGUUUUGCUCAGUGUGGCUUUAUGACCAUAUGGAUUGACAGAAAGAUGUCUCUUUUUCCUUGCAAGGGAUUUGUUUUAAUAAAUGAGUGGUAAAUUGAUACACAGCUGGUA